UCAGUACAUACAUAUUGAGAUGCUGUUUGAUUGUCCAACUUUGACUGACGUGAUAAAUUAUUUCUCUAUAUAGUCUCAUGUUAAAGUGUGCAAAGGUGUCAUUUACCUUUAACUGUCACAGAUAAAUGUAGAAAGGAAAGUUACCUGCUGGUAGUUUGGCAUGUGACCGCAGGAGGCUUCAUCUUCCUGACUGGAAUGGAUGAGGAAACACUCCACUGUGUAGUCACUGAUGUUAACCUGGUUAAUCUCAUUAACUGCACUGCCUUAGUUGCAAGCCUUGGGCAUUCAGGGUACAAUGAUGCGGGCAUCCAGCCAGACCUUCAUAGACUGGCCCUCAGUUCCAUCUUCCUAUUCCUUUUACCUGCUCAUGGCUGUGAGCCAGCGUCUAUUGUGUUUGCCUUGCCACCAGCCCAUUUUGGGGAAUACCAGAAGAAAAAGCUAAAACCUUGGAGCAGGACUUUGAAAAUUAUUAUUAUUAUUUUAAAUCGAAGUAAAAUUUGUUAUAUAUAUGAAAAAAAGUCUCAAGGAGUUUUAAAACAGAGAUGGUAAUUUUCAACCCUGUUUCCCAGAAACAAGCUGCCAUUUGCAAUUUGGUAUCCACCAUUCCAGGCUUUGGUUGGUUGGUGGUUUUCUCUGCAGGAGCAUACACUGGAGGACAGGUGUCUUGUCUUCUGCCAGUGACAGCAGGGAAACUAACAUGGACUGAAAAGGGGCCUUGCUUACUUUACUGCAUGUAAUUUCAUGACUCUUCUCCCGCUAACAUGCUGUUUUACACUGGCUCAAGGUCAGUGUCUUAAGUGGCAGAGCUGGGAUUUGGACCCAAGUCUGUUUUCCUCAUGCUUGUUUCUCUCUUUCAGGGACCACACCAGUCUGUCUAAACCUGCAUUAAGAUGACAGCCAUUGGGCACACGUGGCAAUUUAAGGACUGGAGAGAGCGGCAAGAGCACAUUUAUCAAGCAGAUGAGAAUCAUCCACGGGUCGGGGUACUCCGAUGAAGACAAAAGGGGCUUCACCAAGCUGGUGUAUCAGAACAUCUUCACGGCCAUGCAGGCCAUGAUCAGAGCCAUGGACACGCUCAAGAUCCCCUACAAGUACGAGCACAAUAAGGCUCAUGCACAAUUAGUUCGAGAAGUUGAUGUGGAGAAGGUGUCUGCUUUUGAGAAUCCAUACGUAGAUGCAAUAAAGAGUUUAUGGAAUGAUCCUGGAAUCCAGGAAUGCUAUGAUAGACGACGAGAAUAUCAGUUAUCUGACUCUACCAAAUACUAUCUUAAUGACUUGGACCGUGUUGCCGACCCUGCCUACCUGCCUACGCAACAAGAUGUGCUUAGAGUUCGAGUCCCCACCACAGGGAUCAUCGAAUACCCCUUUGACUUACAAAGUGUCAUUUUCAGAAUGGUCGAUGUAGGGGGCCAAAGGUCAGAGAGAAGAAAAUGGAUACACUGCUUUGAAAAUGUCACCUCUAUCAUGUUUCUAGUAGCGCUUAGUGAAUAUGAUCAAGUUCUCGUGGAAUCGGACAAUGAGAACCGAAUGGAGGAAAGCAAAGCACUCUUUAGAACAAUUAUCACAUAUCCCUGGUUCCAGAACUCCUCAGUUAUUCUGUUCUUAAACAAGAAAGAUCUUCUAGAGGAGAAAAUUAUGUAUUCCCACCUAGUUGACUACUUCCCGGAAUAUGAUGGACCCCAGAGAGAUGCCCAGGCAGCUCGAGAAUUCAUCCUGAAGAUGUUCGUGGACCUGAACCCAGACAGUGACAAAAUUAUCUACUCCCACUUCACAUGCGCCACAGACACCGAGAACAUCCGCUUUGUGUUUGCCGCCGUCAAGGACACCAUCCUCCAGUUGAACCUGAAGGAGUACAAUCUGGUCUAAGUGUGCCUCCUCGACACUGCCCUUCCCUUCCUUGGUGGGCUAUGAAAGCUAUACAAGAGGGACUGUAUUUCUGUGGAAAACGAUUUGCAUAAUACUAAUUUAUUGCCGUCCUGGACUCUGUGAGUGUGUCCACAGAGUUUGUAGUAAAUAUUAUGAUUUUAUUUAACUAUUCAGAGGAAAAACAGGAUGCUGAAGUACAGUCCCAGCACAUUUCCUCUCUCUCUCUCUCUCUUUUUUUUUUUUUUUGUUUAGGCAAAACCUCGUGACUCCAUGUAUUUUAAAUUCUCAGUCAUGCACUCACAAAGAUAAGAGUUGUUUCUCUCUCUCUCUCCUAUUGAGCAAAGGAAGCUGAUCUCCUUUUCCCUAACCCCCACCUCCCUCCUGGUUUCUCCUGGGUUACAAUGGCCUUUACCCAGUUCCAUUCUUGGUCAGGUUUCUCUCUCGAAUGAAACAGUUCGGGACAACAUCCUUCAGUUUAAGCCAUCAGCAUCAGCUUAAUUUAACAGUUUGUAGUUUUUGCUGAAGGAUUAUAAGUAUUAAUACUGUGGUUUUCAAUGUAUUGCUCUGGAUACACCCGUAGAGUUUUUUAUAUAAGUAUAUUGUCUUGCCUCACUUUGGCCAGAGGCCCGUCCACCGCGUCAUUUCUUUGGGAUUUCUGCCUUCGGCCGUAGCGUGGUUGCUCAGAGGAAUGGGCAGGAGGUAGCAGGGAGGGCAGACACACACAGGAGUCCUUUCUUUUGAAAUGCCAUGUGCCAUUGUCCUUCUUCCCUUCCUUCUUCCUUUCUUCACCCUCUCUUCUUUAAAUUACACAUGCCAAAAAUAUGCCAACAGACACUACAUUACCCCAGUGGCUGCUACCCAGGGUCUUUUCGUAGGUUGCUCUUAAUUUUUUUCCCUCUUGGUUAAGACUUUUUUCUCCCUUUUUUUCUUAGUGUUUGGGCCACAAUUUUUAGAUGACAUUUAUUAUGGGUCCAUGUUGCCAAAGCUGGCUUUUUGUAAAACAGAGUAAGAAAAACUUAAAAGCUAAAAGCCGGUAUCUUAAAAUGUAAGCGAAUAAGACUGUGAAGCCUAAAAUGAUUGGCUGAGAAUGAACCUGAAACACCAAUUGCCAAACAAUUGGUAACUUGUCAAUUUGAUUCUCAUGGUCCAUUCUUUUCUUUGACCUUAAAUUACAUUGUUUAUCUCCAUGUUCCAUGUUGAGUGUCCAAAAUGUGGAAAAGUGUCCUCCCCGAUGCAACGUGACAUUUGCUUCUGUCUCCUCAUUGGAAGCCAGUUUUACUUGUGUUCUUUAAGGUUGAAUAGGUCUGCCAAGAACAAUGAAUGGUAGUAUUAUUCUGACACCUUUAAUUUGUAAUUUCUGAAGCUACUGCUAGUUUACUGCCUUUGAACCUUUUUAAACUGGUUACUGGUUAAGUUGAACGUAAGGAAGAUUUGUGAACUUAACUCAAAAGGAACCUCUCAUUGUUCUGUAGAACAUGUAUGUAUGUCACUGAACCUCCUGAGAGAGAUGUUUGGAGUUUUUUAUGUGCACUUUUCAACAAAUGCAAAAAACAGCACAUGGAACGAUGAGCUCUCCUGUCAAGCAGCUUGAGUUGAAAUAAUGAUUUAAGAAAAUAAAUCAUGAUUGUUUUAAACCUGCUGGGAAGUUAGAAUUAGGCCAUGACUGGUCUCAUUUUAACUAUAAUACUAUUUGGCAUGAGUCAGAACUUCCAUAUAAAUCACUCUCUUGGAACAGCAAACAGAAAAUUAAUGGCGUAUUUGAUGAGUACCAGAGUUCCUAAAUAGUAAUGAAAUGUUCUCAUUCUUUAUUCUCCCAGCCUCAAACAGCACAGGUUCCUUUUUUUUCCUUGCUCAGAAAGCACCUGUAAUUUAACUGAGAAACGGACUGCCUGUAAGUCUAGUGCAAUCACGAAUGCUCUAAUCAUUGUGCAUACAUCUCUCUUGAUACUGCAGCAUCCAUACUGGCUUUGUGAUCAUUAAUUGUUUUGGCAGAUUGAAUGUGCUGUAUUGAUAUGUAUCUAUGUAAUUGUAUGUCUUAUAGCUAAUUCACAUUUUGAAUAAUGUUAUUUUAUUUACUUUUUUAAGAGAGGAGAAUGUAAAUUUGUCAGUUUAUUUCUGACUAGGGAUAUUUUGUUUUUUCCAUUUAGAAAAGAAGAAAAAAAAAAAAACCUUACUGUCGUACAGAGCGGUACUAGCAUCGUGCUGUAUAAAAUCAUUUGCACAUUCCUGAGUAGAGGUAUACUAAUUAUAAGAAAAGGUAAUUUCAUAGCAAAAUACCUAAAAUCAGUCGGAGCUUUUAUACAAACAUGGAAACCAACUUUGUAGACCUUUUGCCAUUUACCUAGGAUUGGAAUAUGAGCUUUUAUACAAUUCAUAUUCUCCUUUGGCAAACGCACAGUUUAGUAUUACCUCUCUGAUGGCCUUUAUUAGAAAGGCAGUUUUAGAAGCUAUUGUGAUCCACUAAGGAAAUGUUUUAACAGCUAGAGACCACUGCUUGCCUGAAAGGGCGUUCUUAAAUUUGGUGCAGCAAAAAGAAAAAAAAAAAAAGAAAAAGAAAAAAAAAAAAGUAAACAACAUUUGAAGGCCUACAGUGUGUAUAGAGAAAAACCUCAUCACGAGAUCAUAAGUGUUACAGUUGUAGGGAAUCAAGAUAUUCUAUUUAAUAGAGCUAUCGUAGAUUGUAGUCGAUUAAACCUGAUCUCAAAGCUCGGAAGAAGCUGAGCAAAACAGGGAAAGAGUGUUACAUGUGUCUUGACGAAAUUGGGAUGGAAUCGCUAUGCAGAACCGGGUUUGUGGCCUCACUGUUCCUCUUAGGGCGCAUGACAAGAUCCCUUCUCUUGAGAAAGGAAAAAAUUGAUCACCCUAGCUACAGUGAGGCCUAGAGACCUAAUUGUAUCCACACUAGUCAGUCGAAGCUAAAGGAUUAUCUUUUUUGUUUCUUUGU